AUGGAAAUACGUCGGAGCGGCGUUUCUGAUUCUGGGCCGUCGUCUGCUUCAUCAGUCUCUACUUAUCAGUUGCUGGUUCUCACCGUCAUCGUUUUGUUGCUUAUUACUGCUGCUAUUGUUGCUGGCACUAUAGCACUUACAGUAAUCAUUAUCACUGUACUUUUCACUGUUAUCAUUGCUAUUGCGGGCAUUACGUGCAUCAUUGCAUCGGUUGCUUUAACCGGUCAAAAAACCGCCAUUUUUGAUCACCUGCUGGAAGCAGUAAGACGGAUUCAAGUGCAGUUGAAACGUCUAUAUCCUUAUCUGUUACGCGUGGUAAGUGUUUCCAUGUGA